UUGGAGAGGCAAGGUACUACCUGGGAAUGCACAUUGAGCGGGAUGCUGAACGUGGCUGGCUCAAACUGCAUCAGGGACAGUACAUCAACACCUUGGCUGAGAAGUACUCUCUGCAGGAAGAACGGGAAGUGGUCACACCUUUGCCUUCCGAGUUCAAACUCAUAAAGGCAGCUGAAGGAGAAGGAGUUGAGAGUGAAGACCAGAGGCAAUUCCAAUCCAUGGUCGGGAGCCUACUCUACGCUGCUGUGCAUACUCGGCCUGACAUCAGCUUUGCUGUGGGACAGCUGGCUCGAGUAGUGCAAAAUCCAACAGAAGAGCAGUGUGGUGCAGCGGAGAGAGUGGUGCGCUACCUCAAGUCAUACCCUACAGUGGGAGUACAGUAUUCAGCCUCUGCUCAACGCAGUCAAAAAGGAGUUGAAGUCCUCAAAGAGAAGGGGGAGCAGCUCGGAGAAGGAAAGGUGUUCCUUUCCUGUUUUGCUGAUGCCACGUGGGCUUCUGAGCAUGAGGAUUCAUCAUCAGUUGGUGGAUACAUCUGCAUGGUGGGAGGUGGGCCUGUAAGUUGGAGGUCCAAGAAGCAGUCUAAGACGGCACUAUCUUCAGUGGAAUCUGAGUACAUGGCGAUGUUUCAUGCGGCAAAAGAAAUCAUCUGGCUAAGGAGGCUCUUGAAGGAGAUCGGCCAUGAACAGACUGUUAGAAACAGAAAGGUUCAGUUUAUUGAUGAAGCAAAGGCAUUACAUAGGAAGAGAGAGAUGAGCUAGGAAGGGAAGGUUGGAAGGGAAGGGGGGGUUAGGACCA